GGGGCGAGGCAGUGUCAGUCCCGGCCGCGACCAGCCAGCGAUUGCCCGUGUUCGCAAGUGACCGCCAGUGUGCGCAAGUGAUCGCAAUUGACCGCAAGUGACCGCACGUGCUCGCAAGUGUUCCGACGUACCGAAAUGCAGCCGGCAGCACGCUGGCCGCAUUGAACACUCGUUACCAGAUAUGCUACAAUCGUUGUUACAACCAAGAGAUAACCAAAGACCUCAAGACGAUGCCGCUUCAGACACUGCGAGACGACAGCUACUAGUGAGGGGAGUGCCCGUGGCUAAUGCAAUUUUUAUAGGAAUCAAUAAUUAAUUAAGUAUACUACUCAGUUAUUGACGUGCAUAGCCAUCUCUAACAGUCAGAGAAGUAGGUUUUUACGUACUCAAAACAUAAUUUACAGCAAAAAUGAUUGGUGCGAUGCCAGCAGUCGCUGUCCGGCAUGAGCGGCGACGGGCUGAGAAGCGGACGGGAGGACGCCGUCCCUCCCAGCUGCCACUGCAGCUCGGCAGGGGCAUCGAGGACGCGACGCCCUCGCCUGAUCACCGGCUGAGGAACGAGCUAUACGUUUGCGGGAAGGUGGCAGCUCUACACGCAAUUGUGGGAUCGCUGCUCCUCGGCAUCGUGGUGCUAGUCGUGGGACUCGUCCAGCUGUCUCCAGGCGCAGAAGCGGCUCAACAUCGCUACUAUCUGAUGGGAGCUGGCGCAGCUCUAGUCGGCACUGGCGUGUUAGGAGCUGUGCUUAGAUGCAUGUGUCUCCACUGGUACAAUAUAAAGCUUCGCGAAGAAUACGAUGAAAGAGUUCGGUCCAAUCAGAAAAAUUGCGUUAGUGUAGUGGAAAGUCACCAUGAUCACGAACAUGGACGCAAAGAAGACCGACCCAAAUUGAAGGCACAGGCCAGCGUUCAGGAUGUAGACCUCAUCAAACAGCCUUCCGUAGCCAGCGAUACUUAAACUCUGACCAUUAUAGGAUAAUGCAUCGUAUUUCGUGUUGUAACACUGUUAAAGGCGACACAUAUUUAGACGAUUAAGCGAAGUGCGUAUGACAAAUAUGACGUAUUGAAUUUAAAGCUACAGCCAUACUUAUGUAAACAAGUGACUGAGAACUAGCUGUUCUUAAAUUGUUGAAACGAAAAUAGGCUAUAACAUAAAUAACGUGACAAUUUAACAUUGCGAAUGAAGAUUGUUCGUUGCACUUAAUCACAAGUUUGACCGUAGCUUUAGAUGAUUCAACGUCUCAAUCUCUUCGCUUACUCUAGCUAAAUUAUAUCGUUUUUUAAUGUACUUACUAUCGUAUUAGUGAUAUCGCUAUAAUUUAAGCCGAAGUGUCGUUUACUGAUAAUGUUUUAGGGCAUUAUAUUUUAUCGAGUGAUAGUUUAGUUAUUAUAUCGGUGGUGUCGUAAUUGAUAUAUAAAAUUAUUCAUAAGCUCAGUGGUAUUCUGCCUUAAUUAGCUACGGAUAUUGUAUCAUUCAACCGUUGAUAACUGCUUAUGAAAAAUGCUCAAAUGGUUUAUUUUUUUUACGACUUCCAAGUUAUAGCGAUUUCAUGAUUGCAUAUACAGUCAUGGGCUGUUCUUUCCAUUCAAAGUACUCUUUAGUACCUUCCUCUAUGUACAAGUUUUAAUUGUUUCCUCGGAGUAGUCAUUUAUUUCUUACUAAGAUAAUAUUACCCUAUACAGCUUGGAUGUUUGAUGGCUUUACUCAAGAUAUAUUUUUAUGUACGUUAUCUAGUACUUCAUUAAUUUAUAUUUUAGUCAAUAUUGCAUUCUCAAUGUAUGCAAUCGUCGUUUCUAUGACAUUCUAACAACCAGAUCUUGGUGUUUAAUGAUUAAAUUUAAUUUUAAGAUCUAUUUACGUAAUAACUGUUAUUUAACUAUCCAUAUGCAUAAUUAAGUGUUCGUCACAUAUCAUUUUUAUUAGACCUAACAUUCUCAUUUUAAAUUCUAUCAGAAUCACUGAUUUAAAAAAAAACAUCACACCAUCAAAAACGUUUCAUUUUCAUAUUUUACGAUGUUACGUUAAAUAUAAUAUUUUUGAAGAUUUUACAAUUGAGAUAUCCCUUUAUAUAUUUGCUUUAGAUAAAUCUAUUACAUAUUAUAUACAUAUUUCGAAAAUUAAAAUCUAUAUUGAAAACGUUAUUGUUUUAAGUAGCUUUAAUACAUUUAAAAAUUUCAAAUAAAUGAUCAUAGCAAAAAUUGACCUUUUAAAACAGGAGCAAGAUUAAUUCUAAAUCCUUACCGUCCGUUUUAACCGAACAUAUUAAUAGUGCUCUCACAAAAUAACAUAUUAAAAACUCGUAUGUCAAGGAAAUAGGGCUGCUAUCUGGGACUUAUUAAAAUGUUCCAUUAACAGAAAUAUUUGUCAAGUGUUUUUAUAACACAUUAAAAUAAAAGAAAUUAUUCGUUCGAACUCAAAAUUUACUCCCCAUUCUGGAACUCCUUGUUUUACCUUCCCAGGUGACAGCUCUAUACGACUACGUUUUAGAAACACAUGCUUAAGGCCAUGAUGUCCUAGUCCCAUACAGUUGAAAAUUAUACAAGAGCUUAUUGAAAACUAUGUAUUUUUUAUAGCAUUUACUUUAAAAAAUGUUAUUUAAAGAAACUCUCAUUAUCUUAAAACAUUUUUUUUAUUAUUUAAUUCCCUUUUUUUCUUCCACUUAAUCCAUUUUAAUAUAAUAUACUUCCAAUAUAAUAUUUAAUGAAAAAAAAAAACGUGUAAAGUUUGUUAAAAUCUUUACCAAAAAAAAAACUAUCAACUUUGAUGGAUUCGACGAGGAGUACUUAUACACUUUUAAAAUACUAAGAAUAUACUUAGUUUAAAUAAGAUAAAUUUAAGCAUUUCAUCAAAAUCGUUAUAACCAGCGGUAUCUCUAGCUAUUGGUGUUAUAGAUGUUGUCUUCGGUGUUAAUAUUAUUAUUACACUACUGAUUUAGACCAAUCUUAAUGUUAUAAUAAUAAUUGUCUAUUGUACAAUUUACUUAUUAGGAUACUCAGGUUUAUAAUGUAACUUUCCAAUGAAUUGUGCUUAUUUAUUUUUAACAUAAAUUCUAUUUUCGUUUAAAAUAUUGUGAAUAUUAUUGAAAUUUUAAUCUUAAAGAGACUGAGAAGUGUUCGAAUGUAUUCAGAGUUAUUAUUUUAAAUACUUUUUGAUAUAUUUUCUGUAUUCGCAAUUCGUUUCAGAUAAUAGUACCCUGUAUUUACACUUAUUUUUAAAAAGCAAUAGCUAUUAGAAUACAAUAAAAAAUGAUUAAAGCGAUCGUUUUAAAAAUUUAAAGUUAUAUUUUAAUGGGUCCAAAAUUUGGUCCACCGAAAAAAAAUUAUAAUAUUCCGAACGAUAUAUUUAACUUAAAAACAAAAUUUAAGACUAUUUAUAAUGUUGUUUUUUAUAUAUAUUGUUAUCAAAUUUUUUGAGUAUAAAAUAAUAAUGAAUUUCACAAUGAUUUUUUGUCCUUAUAAAUACAUAUAUUUUUCAGUUAUAUAAGGUACAUACCGCAUACCGUAAAUUAAAUGCACUACGUUGUAUAUUUUUAUUAUUAACCCCCUAAUUAUAAUUAUUCCAUGUUUGAAUAUGAUAAAUCUAGUCAGGAAGGUGUCACUUUUUUAGAUUAUUACUUUUAUUUAUUAAUUUUUUGCAUUUAAUAAGAAGUCACAUAUGUAAGAAAAUAUAAGAAUUUUCAAAUUCAUAUCGUAAAAGCAUAUUAAUCAAAUAAACGUACAAUUAAUCAUUAUAAUGUAAUUGUUUUAAACAUAAGCUUAAAGAUUGUAUUUUAUUUAGCCACAGAUAAAUAAAAUAAAUUUUAUCAUGAUCGGAUCAAAGUUAACAGAUAACAUAAAUAUAUUAAAAUGUAACAUGUUUUUAGAAAUGCCAAUAUCUUUGUUUAAGUUAGCUGAUUUUAACUUGAAUUGCCGUGCCAAAAUAUGGUUGAAUUGUUUCGACUAACUUAUGAACCCGAAUUAUGUGAAUUAGUUUGUUACUUUAUAAUUUAUUGGUAGCAUAACAAAAUAAUUGUAUGGAUUAAAUAAAA